AUGCCCUGUUCCCUGCCACUGCACACCGCUACACAGCAUGCCCUGUUCCCUGCCACUGCACACCGCUACACAGCAUGCCCUGUUCCCUGCAACUGCACACCGCUACACAGCAUGCCCUGUUCCCUGCACACCACUACACAGCAUGCCCUGUUCCCUGCCACUGCAUGCCGCUACACAGCAUGCCCUGUUCCCUGCCACUGCACGCCGCUACACAGCAUGCCCUGUUCCCUGCCACUGCACACCACUACACAGCAUGCCCUGUUCCCUGCCACUGCACACCACUACACAGCAUGCCCUGUUCCCUGCCACUGCACGCCGCUACACAGCAUGCCCUGUUCCCUGCCACUGCACACCACUACACAGCAUGCCCUGUUCCCUGCCACUGCACGCCACUACACAGCAUGCCCUGUUCCCUGCCACUGCACACCACUACACAGCAUGCCCUGUUCCCUGCCACUGCACGCUGCUACACAGCAUGCCCUGUUCCCUGCACACCACUACACAGCAUGCCCUGUUCCCUGCCACUGCACACCGCUACACAGCAUGCCCUGUUCCCUGCCACUGCACACCGCUACACAGCAUGCCCUGUUCCCUGCCACUGCACACCGCUACACAGCAUGCCCUCUUUCCUGCCACUGCACGCCGCUACACAGCAUGCCCUGUUUCCUGCCACUGCACACCGCUACACAGCAUGCCCUGUUCCCUGCCACUGCACGCCGCUACACAGCAUGCCCUGUUCCCUGCCACUGCACACCGCUACACAGCAUGCCCUGUUCCCUGCCACUGCACGCCGCUACACAGCAUGCCCUGUUCCCUGCCACUGCACACCACUACACAGCAUGCCCUGUUCCCUGCCACUGCACGCUGCUACACACCAUGCCCUGUUCCCUGCACACCACUACACAGCAUGCCCUGUUCCCUGCCACUGCACACCGCUACACAGCAUGCCCUGUUCCCUGCCACUGCACACCGCUACACAGCAUGCCCUGUUCCCUGCCACUGCACACCGCUACACAGCAUGCCCUCUUUCCUGCCACUGCACGCCGCUACACAGCAUGCCCUGUUUCCUGCCACUGCACACCGCUACACAGCAUGCCCUGUUCCCUGCCACUGCACGCCGCUACACAGCAUGCCCUGUUCCCUGCCACUGCACACCGCUACACAGCAUGCCCUGUUCCCUGCCACUGCACGCCGCUACACAGCAUGCCCUGUUCCCUGCCACUGCACGCCGCUACACAGCAUGCCCUGUUCCCUGCCACUACACACCGCUACACGGCAUGUCAUAUUCACUGCCUCUCUCUGAUCUCUCUCAACAUGCAGUAG